GUAUGAAUACUUCAAUGCUGUGCUGAUAAAUGAAAGGGACAAAGAUGGGAAUUUUUUGGAGCUGGGGAAGGAAUUCAUCUUAGCCCCAAAUGACCAUUUCAAUAACUUGCCUGUGAACAUCAGUCUGAGUGACGUCCAGGUGCCAACGAACAUGUACAACAAAGAUCCAGCAAUUGUCAAUGGGGUUUAUUGGUCCGAAUCUCUAAACAAAGUUUUUGUAGAUAACUUCGACCGUGACCCAUCUCUCAUUUGGCAAUACUUUGGAAGUGCGAAGGGCUUUUUCAGGCAGUACCCAGGGAUUAAAUGGGAACCAGAUGAGAAUGGAGUCAUUGCCUUUGACUGCAGGAACCGAAAAUGGUACAUCCAGGCAGCGACUUCUCCGAAAGAUGUGGUCAUUUUAGUUGAUGUCAGUGGCAGCAUGAAGGGUCUCCGUCUGACUAUCGCCAAGCAAACGGUCUCCUCUAUUUUGGACACGCUGGGGGAUGAUGACUUCUUCAACAUCAUUGCUUAUAAUGAGGAGCUUCACUACGUGGAACCUUGCCUGAAUGGAACGUUGGUGCAAGCUGACAGGACAAACAAGGAGCACUUCAGGGAGCAUCUGGACAAGCUUUUUGCCAAAGGAAUCGGAAUGCUGGAUAUAGCUCUGAACGAGGCCUUCAACAUUCUCAGCGAUUUCAACCACACAGGACAAGGAAGCAUCUGCAGCCAGGCCAUCAUGCUCAUCACCGAUGGGGCGGUGGACACCUAUGAUACAAUCUUCGCAAAAUACAAUUGGCCAGAUCGAAAGGCCGAGAAAACCCUGAAAUAGCAACACGUCCAGUGUGAGCUUGCCCUCUUAGUUGGGG